AUGAAGAACACAUACAAUUUCCCGAAGAUGAACAGCAAGAAUGGGGAGUCGAUAGGGAUAGGGAGGACACCGACGACGACACCGACGAAGACGAAGACGAGUGGGUGGGGUACAAAAGAGUAUGAAAUGAUACGGAAGAUAGGCGAAGGAAGCACGAGUGAAGUGUGGCUAGUACGAAGGAAGAAGAAGCUCGUUGAGGGGAUGGAUGAGAUGUGUGCGUUGAAGGCGAUUCGGUUGAGUGGGACGAAGGAGGAGGAUGGAACAGGCUGUGAGCCGCCCUUGCCGGCCCACACGACCACGCCGACGAUGGGGAUUGGAAAGAUGGUAGCGAACGAGCUGGCGAGUUUGCAUCGACUGGACCGGAGUUUCCCGUUUAUUGUCCAUCUUUGUGGCCCGGAACGGUCUGGGGGCCCGGGAUGGUUCUUGGUCCCACUGGAGUAUGUUUCGGGCGGGAACCUGUACGAACAUGUGCUCGAAUUCGGCGCCCUGGGCGAGACCCGGAGUCGCCUCUAUGCCGCCGAGCUCGGCUGCACACUCGACUAUCUGCAUGCAAACCGGAUCAUCUUCCGGGAUCUGAAGACCGAGAAUAUCUUGUUGGGUUCGGAUGGUCAUCUCAAGCUGACCGACUUUGGACUCUCGACCAUGCCCGCUCAAGGACGCGCCACGACGAUCUGUGGCACCCCUCAUACCAUCGCUCCCGAGAUCGUCCGCAGGGAAGAGUACGAUCAUCGCGUCGAUUGGUACAGUCUUGGCGCCUGUCUCUUCGAGUGCUUGACCGGCCACGCUCCCUUUGCCUCGCUCUCAACCGACUUGUCUGCCCUGCUCCACUCAAUCAUCCAUCGAGAACCUCGACUACCUAAACAACUCUCGUCUACUUGUAGGGCCCUUCUAGUCGACUUACUCGCUAAAGAUCCUAAUCGUAGAAUCUCCUCAGUCGAUCAACUCCUCAAUCAUCCUUGGUUCACUAAUCUCUCCACUCCAUUCACCAAGGAACACAUCCUUAAGAAAUCCUUUCAACCUAGCUUCCUUCCUAUUCCCUCGCCUCAUCGUCUCUCUAAAUCCUCUUUCCCUACUCCAACUUCCUCCUCUUCUACCACUUCUUCUUCUUCCUCUCAAUCCUUUUCGGUCUCUUCUCAUUCCUUUUCUGAUUCUGCUUCUUCUUCGGCUUCUUCAACUUCGUCUGAUGACGACCAUAAUCCCUCCUCCGACUCUUCUGCUCUGGUCAAUCAUCAUCUCUUCUUACCUCCUCAUUCUCCCUCGUCUUCUCUCAAUCUCUGA